AUGUUUUUAUGCUGUAAGGUUAUCUCUUUAAAAAAAAAUCAAUAUUUUAUAAUUCCAGGACGAACUCACGAUUCAACGUACACAUUAUACCGUCUAGGCGAGCGAUUAUCACCUGGAGCAAUGCAGUACGUAGAAACAGGACGCACAGAUAGCUUGGACACUGGGGGAGACAGCCCUAAUAUCCUGGACGUCUUCGGAGGCCCGGGAAUACCCCAAGGGGAGGGCAGUACCGUGACACGUGCAUUUCUGGAUGGUAAUCACACCCUGGUUAGCAUGAUGGCGAGGAUAAAUCCAAGUCCCGAUUGGUUUGUGGGAGUCGACUCAUUCCAGCUCUGUGUGGAGGGUAAUUGGGUUGAUACCGUAACUGUUGAGCUAGACCCAUUGGACGGUGGCACAGACAACGGUUUUACCUUUACGGCGGCAAAUUGGCCGACGAACCCCCAGGGGAUUGCUUACAGAAUAACAUCACGAUAUCCUGCACAUCCAGCUGGAAGUUUCUAUUACCCAAACCUACCACGACUGCCGCCAAUUGCCACCCUGACCUUUACCAAGAGGGUUGCUUUUGUCGGAGAUACCUUGAACUAA